AGGGUUCGUGUGUUUCCAUCAUGGAACACUGUAGGCGGAACCUUCGGACCCGGACCAGUUCCACCCGGGCCGCAUUAGGGUGUCGGUUUCCUCCUCAGACCAAACACGGACCAGUUUUGCUAAAUCGGAGCAAAACUGAAUCUGGAACCUUUUCACAUGGUCUUGGUGACUUAGUUUGUUUUUGGUCAGAUCCCAGUGUCAGAUGGGUGUCCUGGUUCUGCUUCUGCUGCACACUUGGAUGGGAUUUACGGACUGUGACGUCAAAGGCCGGCUCGUCCUGCACAAAAGAAGCCAAAGGUGGAUUAGAACUGAAACCUAAAAGUCAUAUCUGGAGGAAGAUCAAGAUCACCUGAUUCUAGCAAACAUGGAUGGAAGACCCACCUGUGACCAGUGUGGAAAGACUUUCACCAGAAUGAGUGGGCUGAAGAAACACCUACACAGCCACACUGGAGAAAAACCAUACAGCUGUGACCAGUGUGGGAAGACUUUCACCACAGCAGUUAUCUUAAAAACGCACCAGCGCAUCCAUACUGGAGAAAGACCAUAUAGCUGUGACCAGUGUGGGAAGACUUUCACCUUUCCAAGUCAUUUAAAAAUCCACCUACGUAUCCACACUGGAGAAAGACCAUAUAGCUGUGACCAGUGUGGGAAGACUUUCACCAUGGCAAGUAAUUUAAACAACCACCAGCGCAUUCAUGCGGGAGAAAGACCAUAUAACUGUGACCAGUGUGGGAAGGCUUUCAACACAUCAGGUAACUUAAAAAUCCACCAACGUGUCCACACUGGAGAACGACCAUAUGACUGUGACCAAUGUGGAAAGACUUUUAUCACAGCAAAUGAUCUAAAAGAACAUCGACACAUCCACACUGGAGAAAGACCAUAUAAUUGUGACCAGUGUGGGAAGACUUUCAGAUCCCUUUCUGCUUUAUAUUCUCACCGCCGUGUUCACCACACAAAGUUGAUGUACACCUGUGAUAGGUGCACAAAGAUAUUCUGGUCAUCUUCCUCUUACAAGCGUCACCAACGGACCCAUAUCAGAGAGAAUCCCAACCAGUGCAGAUUGGGUGAUAGCUCUCUUAUCACAGGUUCACAAUGCACCAGACAUGAACGCGUCAAACAUUUCCACAAAAGACAAAAACUGAACAGUCGUACAAAAAGUAAGACUCUAGACAAUCAGCGUGUUAACGCAUCAGAACAGCUGGAGUGUUAUCGAAGUCCAAACAGAUUGUGGUCAUCCUCUGCUGUCUCACAUCAUCAGCACAGAUGUGAAUCGUCAACAUCUGGACCAAACAGUACCUCAGCAUCAGAUGAGAAGAAGAAACACAGUGUGUCUGAACCAGCAGCACCCACUUCUUCUGACAAGAACAUCAGACUGAAAAACCUCCAGAUCAGGCUUCACAGGAUCCAGAUGUGAAGACAAACACCAGACUGAGCACUGUGUUUUGUUGUCUUCAGAGCAAAGAAGUGUGUUCUAAUGCACCACCUUCACAAAACAGUGACAUCACAGAAGCUCCACCUACCACCAGGUGAAAAGUUCAACUAGCGGAGUUCAACAAGGACCUGGUUUCUAUUCAGAUACUACUUCUGAUAGACUUUGUGGACAUUGAAUCAGUCAGAGGUCACAUUAACCGAAAAUUUUGAAGGCCAUUAGUCAUUUUUGACAGAUUAAAAUACUGAAGGUAAUUUACCAAAGAAAGGUUUCACACAACACUGAACAGAACCUGGACCAGGAUCGCUGGUGUGUCUGUGUCUGAACAAGGCAUCCAACAGUCCAGAACAGCAUCCUGCCUGUGUAGAACCCUACAGUUUCCAGGGUUGAAGAGGGUCACUGUUGAUGCUUCAGAUCCUGGUGGAGGCGUCAGCUUCAGCCAGCUUCAACACCCCACUGCCAUCUAGUGUCUGGGUUGAGAAUUUCAUCUUCUGUUUCAGUGGAUGCAUUGAAGUCAGACUGAGGGAACUUCACUGCCAUGCAUUAGAUGUUUGUACUGAAAUAAUCUGAUUCCGACUGAUAACAGAUGUUCUCUACAGUUUUUAUUUCAGCGCUGAUUCUGAUCAGAACUCUAUGUGGUAAGGAAGCUGUCCAAAUAUUCAUGGACAUAAGACAGAUAUGUGUGCAUAUUAGUCUAUUGUUGUGCAAAAAAAAAUAAAUUGCAAACUUUUGAAUGACUUCAGUUGUACACAAA